AUGUCGGACCUCUUCGCUACUAUUGAAACUCCCGUCACCAAAUACGAGCAGCCUCUUGGCUUGUUUAUUAACAAUGAGUUCGUGAAAGGUGCUAAGGGCCAGACCUUCGAGACUAUCAACCCCUCGACUGAGAAGGGCAUUGUCGCCAUUCACGAAGCCACUGAAGAGGAUGUUGACAUCGCUGUUGCUGCUGCCCGUGCGGCCUUUGAGGGCUCAUGGCGUCAGGUCACUCCUCACGAGCGUGGCCGUUAUUUGAACAAGCUAGCAGAUCUGAUGGAGCGUGAUGUUGACACACUCUGUGCUAUCGAGGCCCUUGAUAACGGCAAGGCCUUUACUAUGGCUAACAUUGAUAUUACUAACUCCAUCGGCUGUUUGCGUUACUAUGCCGGCUGGGCCGACAAGAUCCACGGUCAAACUAUUGAUACCAACCCCGAGACUCUCACCUACACCCGUCACGAACCCAUCGGUGUUUGUGGUCAAAUUAUUCCCUGGAACUUCCCCCUUCUUAUGUGGUCCUGGAAGAUCGGUCCUGCUGUUGCUACUGGCAACACCGUUGUCUUAAAGACCGCUGAACAGACCCCUCUAUCUGCUCUCUACACCGCUAAGCUUGUAAAGGAGGCUGGAUUCCCUGCUGGUGUUAUUAACAUUAUUUCUGGCUUCGGCCGUGUUGCUGGUGCCGCUAUCUCUAAGCACUUGGAUAUUGAUAAGGUUGCCUUCACCGGUUCCACCCUGGUUGGACGUACCAUCCUCCAAGAUGCCGCUAAGAGCAACCUCAGGAAGGUUACUCUUGAGCUAGGUGGCAAGUCUCCAAACAUUAUCUUUGAUGAUGCCGAUAUCGACAAUGCUAUCUCCUGGUCAAACUUUGGUAUCUUCUUCAACCACGGCCAGUGCUGCGCUGCCGGAUCCCGUAUUCUUGUUCAGGAGGGCAUUUACGACAAGUUUAUUGCUCGCCUUAAGGAGCGUACCUCCCAGAACAAGGUUGGAAACCCCUUCGAGCAGGACACCUUCCAGGGUCCUCAGGUCUCUCAGCUCCAGUUCGAUAGGAUCAUGGAGUAUAUCAGUCACGGGAAGCAGGCCGGCGCCACCCUCGCUGUCGGAGGUGAGCGCUACGGCAAGGAGGGCUACUUCAUUCAGCCCACUGUCUUUACUGACGUCACCACCGACAUGAAGAUUGUCCAGGAGGAGAUCUUCGGUCCUGUUGUCACGGUGCAGAAGUUCAAGGAUGAGGCUGAGGCUAUCAAGCUCGGUAACAGCACCCAAUAUGGUCUUGCUGCUGGUAUCCACACAAAGAACGUGAACACUGCUAUUCGCGUCUCUAACGCCCUGCACGCUGGUACUGUCUGGAUCAACAGCUACAACCUGAUCUCUUACCAGGCUCCCUUUGGCGGCUUCAAGCAGUCCGGUAUAGGUCGUGAGCUCGGCUCCUACGCUCUUGAGAAUUACACCCAGGUUAAGACAGUGCAGUACCGCCUGGGUGACGCCCUCUUCGCUUGA